GUGGUGGAGUUAGGUUCAAAUUGCUCCGGGAAGUGGCCGAGAUUAGAGCCAACGCGGGCCGCACCGCGCCGCGAUCGUAAGCCCACUUAAGACUGUUUUUAAUACUAGUAUUUUUUACGCGAUCCCGACAGGAUUUAGCGGAUAAGCGACGUCGUCGCGAUCGUGCGCUUUGAUUUAUCGGUUUCGGAUUCGGAAUUGGUUUGUUUUCUGGUGUUUACGUUAGUGGGUGACGGCCGGUGGCGAGUGGACGCGUAAUCCCGCGGCUUGUACCAGAUUAUAACGGAUAUCACCGGAUUUCGUGCACUGUGAAAAUCUACAUCACGAGGAAUCACUGAAACGAGCUAUACUCACCGGCGUACAGUCAGCGUAAUUAAUUUUGUGCUCCGGAUGCUCCACGGUUAACCCGGAAUCCCUAGUCGCCGUCGCGACCACUUCCCUCCGCGUCACCACCAGGCAUCACCAUUCACCUCCGCGUGUACAAGGAAGCGCUGGCGGCCGGCAUGGAGCCGCUAAGCGAGAACGGGCUCUGUCUAUCCGAGUUAGACCUCCACGGCGGGCACCUGCACGAGUCAGUGGCGGCCUCUGUUGGCUCGGCCAUCUCCAGUCUGAUGGCCCCGUUGCACCACGAACCGCAGCAUGCACCGUUGCAUCACGCGCCUCCGUUACACCACGAGCCGUUGGAGAAGCUGAAAUUAUGGGCAGAAACCGGGGAAUUCCGAGACAGCGGGCACUCGUCACUCGCAUCCGGGGGCUCCGGGGUGGAGCAGUCUCUGUACGCGCCGCCCAGACCCCGGCGGGACCGUAAGCAUACCGAUGAUAGCAAUCGUCCCCUAACAUCGGAACCAACGAUAAAAACGGAGUCAACGACCCCUGGCAUUGGUCCCGACGAGCCUUCUAUGGACGACAAAGGGGACAAGAAGAACAAGAGGCAGCGACGUCAGAGGACCCACUUCACCAGCCAGCAGCUCCAGGAAUUGGAAGCUACCUUCGCGAGGAACAGAUACCCUGAUAUGUCCACGAGGGAAGAGAUCGCUAUGUGGACUAAUUUGACGGAAGCGCGAGUGAGGGUAUGGUUUAAAAAUCGGAGAGCUAAAUGGCGGAAACGAGAACGUAACGCUAUGAAUGCAGCUGCGGCGGCCGCAGCAGACUUCAAAAAUGGCUUCAGCACGCAAUUCAAUGGGUUGAUGCAACCCUUCCCCGACACCGACGCGCUAUACUCAUCAUAUCCAUACAACAACUGGGCAGCUAAGGUGCCUAGUCCUUUAGGCACAAAAAGUUUUCCGUGGCCCGUUAAUCCGCUCGGGUCCGUAGUUCCAGCGAGUCAUCACCAGGGUUCCGUGAACUGCUUCAACACCGCGACGUCGAUGGGCGGGGUGGGGGGCAGCGGGAUGGCCGGCGUGGGCAGUUCGGCCGGCGUCGGCGGCGGAGUCGCGCCGUGUCCGUACACCGCGCCUCCCAACCCGUACAGCAUGUACCGCACGGAGCCGUGUCCCGCGAUGUCCUCGUCUAUAGCGUCGUUAAGGUUAAAAGCGAAGCAGCACUCCACCGGGUUCGUGGGCGGCUAUGGAGCCGUGUCGCCGGUGUCGCGGGCCGGGUCGGCGCCGCUGUCGGCGUGCCAGUACGCGGGCGGCGUGGGCGUCUCGGACCGCGUGCUCUGAGAGGAGGCCCGCGGCCGCGAGGAGGCGCGCUCGCCCGCUCUGCUGGCCGCCGCGCGCGCCUCCUAGUCGCCGCAACCCGACGCCGCACACGCCACGCACGGCCUCUACAGACAUCUGUGGGACUGGUUCGAUUGAAACCCCGUGUGCGAUGGAAGGUUAACGUACGCUCUGUUCCCGCCGUGUGCCGUGCCGGUGUUUUCCUAUUGAUCAAGGUUCGUUUCGAAACUUCGGGCAAUAAAUUUAACGAUUCGGUCUAGUUUGUAAAUAUGUAGUUAUGUAUGUACGUAUACCAAAGCGAUGUGUGCAAUUUUUACAAGCUUACUAUGUAGUUAGGUUACGAAGUUACUUUUAAGAGUGUAGCUUAUUUGAAGCUGUAAAUAUACACUUAUUAGAUUAUUUAUUUGUUUCGUAUCAUGCGAAAUUGUAUGAAGUAAGUUAUUGGUAACUGUGCCAUUACCCAUUGUUGUCCGGUUUGUACUUAUAUGUUAUUUUGUUAAGUGGUUUUAAAGGCGCCAUAAAUGUCAAGAUGGUAUAUAAAAAACUUACAUAAGUAUAGCGACUGGAAUACUUACCUAUUUUAAAAAUAAAUUUAUUAAACCCAUUCAGGCAAAACGAAGUAAUGAAGAUAUUAUGUUUUCAAACCAGAAUUUUAUCAACAACUUGAUAAAAUUGUGUUCAAAAUGUAAUAUUUUCUGAUAAUUUGGGUGACUUUACAAUGCUUUUGGCUUAAACUACCUUUGGCUUGUCGUAAUCCGGUUGAAUGGAUAUAAUUAAAUCAUAAUUAAUUUACAGUAGUUCUGUUUUAUUGUAGACUGAUUUGUAAUUAGAAAACUUUUCAAUAUUUUCAUUCAUAAAGACUUUUUUUGCAUAAUGUAGCGAACAGUACUUUUGAUAAAGACAAAACUUGUUUUAUUAUAAAACUGACUGACAACAGAAAUUAUGUUUUAAUAUAUCUUUUCUUACAUACCAUUGCUCGUGCGCAAUUUUUUAAGGUCUACAAUAAUUUGUAGCUCUUCAACUUUCGUAGCACGGCCUUACGACCCGUAUCACACGGGCUAAGUAAUGGCGUAGCGGGCGUUUUAUGGCGAAAUAUCCAGUAAUUAAAUGUUUUUACAAAAAUGUUAAUGUAACAAGUUUUGAAAUACGUACAAGUAGAUUGUGUGUUGAGAAGGCUGAUUGUAACUUUAUAAAAGGGAUGAGGGAU